AUGGAGGAAUCACGAAGCGAUUCAGAUUCCAAUGAUAAAAGGCAGUCCAAGGAAGCAGGACUCGUCAUAUAUUUCACUCAGAUUGGAGAACCAGCAUCACUAACAGAAACAGAAGUAAGCAAAGAAGAUAAUAACGAAAAAAACAACAAUGCAAGAAUCAGCCUAAAGAGAACCGAAGAUAAAGCACUGACAAAAACAAGUGACGAUAAACAAACAGGCAAAUCAAUAAUUAACCAUGAUAUCUUUCUACCAGAAGAUAACUCUGCAGUACCAAUCGAGGAGCUCCCAACACCAAUGGAGGUUAUGCAAGAAAGAAAAAUAGAAGAAAGGAUUGAAAUGCUGAAGAUAAAUGACGAACUUGAAGAAAAACAAGUGGGACAAGUGAAGGCAGUGUUGAAGCAAGGGCGAGUCGUGUUUGCGCAAUCCAUAUAA